AUUAUUUUUAAAGGAUUUAUAUUUACAAAUGGCGUGGUUUUUGCUCUGAUGUAAUGAAUGUAGGUAGCACAGGUAGGGUGAUCAUAAAAAGAUCUUUAUGAUGCGACGAAUGCCAUUAGAAAUGUUAUACAGCAGGGAAUGUUUUCUAGGGGAAUUUGGUAGCGACUAAGUUAACGUUUGCAACCUGCAACACACGAUUUAACGUGUUCAGCGCGCUGACCGGCUGUCCCGGCGUUUGUUGACAACAAGUUUUCCUUCUCAACGACAUUUAUUCUUAUAUAGAUUUUUCCUCAAUCGACCGCAAGCUGUGAAGUUCAACGCACACAAAAUGUUGCAACUCACCAAAGACAACAUGCUUUAUGGCAUUCUGGUUUUUCUCUGGACUGAAUACCUUUGGGAAAUAUAUUUGGCUAUCAGACAGUUCAAAAAGGCAAGGAAAACCAAGGAAAUUCCCGGGUCACUAACGAACAUCAUGACCAAAGACACUUAUGAUAAGGCACGCCGUUAUUCCAUUGAUAAGAUAAAGUUUGGAUUUGUGAAAGACACAUUUUCCAUUAUGCUAACUUCUGUUGUGAUAUACAAAGGUUACCUUGCUGAUGUCUGGUACUUUGUGGAAGAUAUGAACUUGAAAAUUGAAGGCGAAGUUGCAGCCAGCUGCAUGUGGUUAUGUCUAAUCAACACAAUUCAAACUGUAUUUGAUCUGCCAUUAACUAUAUAUUACACAUUUGUCCUUGAGGAAAAUUAUGGAUUCAACAAACAAACUGCCACAUUCUUUGCAUGGGAUCGCGUCAAGUCCUACAUCUUGGGACAAGUAUUAAUGCAGCCUAUCUCUGCAAUGGUCAUUGUCAUAAUCAAAUAUGGUGGUGAAUACUUUUUCUUCUGGUUGUGGUUAGCAAUGGGAGUCAUUACUCUACUCUUGAUGACAAUUUAUCCAACUGUGAUUGCGCCACUAUUUGACAAAUAUCGCCCGCUUGAAGAAGGAGAAUUACGCACACAGAUUGAAGCGCUUGCAGCCAGCCUGAAAUUUCCGCUCACAAAACUUUACGUUGUUGAAGGUUCAAAACGUUCGUCACAUAGCAAUGCAUAUUUUUAUGGAUUCUUCAAUAACAAACGUAUCGUUCUGUUUGACACCCUUUUCGCCAAUCCUCAAGCCGGCGGAUGCAGCAACGAAGAAAUAUUAGCCGUAUUGUCGCAUGAAAUGGGACACUGGCAGUACAAUCACAUCGGCAAGAAUCUACUUAUGAUUCAAGUGAACUUAUUCCUUAUGUUCCUUGCAUUUUCGCUUAUUUUCAAGUCACCGCUCAUCUAUCAAUGCAUCGGAUUCCGUGCUGGACUUCAACCGGUGAUUGUCGGGUUGAUCGUGACGAUUCAGAUUGUUAUGUUGCCGUAUAAUGCGCUUAUAUCGUUCUGUAUGACUUGUUUAUCGCGGCGGUUUGAGUUCCAAGCGGAUAGCUUUGCAGACAAUUUGGGUAGGGGUGAAGCGUUGAGCAGUGCGUUGGUUCAAUUAAAUAAGGAUAACUUAGGUUUUCCGGUCUAUGAUAACUUGUUUUCAUCGUGGCAUCAUUCACAUCCGCCGCUUUUGGAGCGGAUAGCUGCAUUGAAAAAGAGCAAAUAGAUUAACAAUUGCAAAAUCAUGUUUACCGAAAAUGUGAAUGUUUUCACGUAUUCAAUUAUAUAAAAUCACAAGUAUCAGAGUUUGAGAUUUAUAUCUACACAAUUUGCGAUUUUUAUAUCAUGAAUGGCUCAUUAAAUGAGUGUUUUUCGUUUUUUAAUAAAUCUAUACUUGUGCUGCUCUGUUAAUCAUGUAAGAUGUAAACAUGUGAUUAGUAAAUUUUCUUUUAUGGAUA